AUGGGCAACUGUUUGGUUGUUUGUUGCGUGAAAGCUGUGGGAAAGGAAAUUGCUCGAUGCAUACGAUAUGAAUUAACACCGAGAAAGUGGCAUCAUGUGGCAAUAUCGCAUGUGUAUUCUCGUUGGUCCAAAAGUGAGAUCCAGUGCUUCGUUGAUGGCCAAAUGAUUGAAUCCUUCGACGUGCCUUGGCUGGUUUCGACAACGGAUCACUUUGACAAGUGUAGCAUUGGUUGUGGCCCGGAUGGCGAGGAACCAUUUUGUGGCAAAGCUGCUGCUUUGUAUGUGUUUGCGGAAUCGAUAACUGCCUCACAAGCCAAUGCUCUGUAUUGCUUGGGUCCGUCUUAUCAAAGCUGUUUUCGGCACGAGGCUGAAGCUGUCCUGUCCGAUGAUUUAAAAAAGUAUUUGUUUGAUGGUAAGCUGAAUUCCUCGAUCGUCAUCGCAUACUCACCGAAGAAUUGCGAUGGACAGCUGUGCUUACAUUCGGCCUCCAAAAUUGGCGCUCCUUUCUUCGUGCAAAUCCCCCAUGCUAUUAUGAAAGAG